AUGCACCUAGAACUAUUAGCCAAUGAAUUACUUCUCGAUCUAUUCACUUAUAUUCAUUCUGUGGAUCUUCUUCGAGCAUUUUUCAAUUUGAAUAUUCGUUUCAAUCAUUUGAUUUUCUAUCAUUUUCAAUCUCAUUCACUCGAUCUGCGAUCCAUUUCAAAAGCAGAUUUCGAUGAUCUUACUCAUCGAUAUCUUCCAUCAAUUAUCGAUCGACUGACUUCGCUCGAUCUGUCAGAUGAUGAUGAAACACCUCAUCUCCCUCUUCUACUUCUUCGCCUUCGUAACCAUCCGCAUUCGUCGAUCAUUUUGACUCUUAACCAAUUCGUUCAUCUACGAUCGCUUUCACUUUCGAACAUCUCUUCGUUCGAUCUCCAGUAUGACAUCGUCUGGCAAUGCCACUCUCUCGCUUGUCUCACUCAUUUAACCAUUCUCAGCAAAUAUCAUUAUUGGACAAACAACAACAAUGAAACGCAUGACAUGAGAGACAAAAUAAACCAUUUCUGGGCUCACAUUUGGAAUUUGUCCAAACUUCGACACUGUCAUCUGGAUGGUGUUCAGAUAAAUGACGAUACUCUCUCGCUUCUUCCAUCAUCUUCAUCAAUGGAACAUCUUUCUCUGAACAAUAUUUCUCACAAUUUACAUUGUCUUUCUCAUCUUCUCUAUUGUACACCUCAUCUUCACCGUCUCCGCACCACAAUCUAUUCAUAUUCAUCCAAUGAUCAUAUGACAUCGACGAGUUCAUCACUGACAAGAAUGACACUGAUCUAUGGUGGAUCAUUGCAAUCGUUAGUGGCACUAUUCGAACAUCUUCCCAAUCUUAAUCAUCUCACAAUCACAACCUUACGGCUGCAUCUCGACGGAAAUAAUUGGCAAGAUUUGAUCGCAACAAAUCUCGGUCAACUGAACAGAUUCGAGAUGAAGAUGAAAAUGGAUUACCGUGAAGAUCAUGAAGAUAUUGAUGAUAUUGUUGCAAAACUUUUGGCAACUUAUGAAAGUGCAUAUUGGUGCACUGACCAUAGUUGGUACGUUCGAUGUCAUUGGAAUCAAUCAGAUCCGUACAAAUGUGUAACAUUAUAUACACUGCCUUACGCCUUUCAUGAUUUUGAUUUUACAGAUAAGUUAUCAACAAGAUCGACGCUUCCUUCUCUCUACCGACACCAGCGUGAAGAUGAGCAGUAUUUAUUAUAUGACAGAGUGAAAAUAGUGGAUUGUGCAAACAUUGAAACAAUAGCAUUGGCUAGUUUUUAUUUAUUUCCUGUACGCUUUCGUCAUAUCACUUUUCUGAACAUUUGUCUUCCAUUCGUCGACGAUCAUUUCUUAUUCCAUUUUGCAUCGUUCGACCAUUUGAAAUCAUUGAAUGUUUGUAUUUACAAAUUAUCCGCUUAUGAUCAAUUGCAAACUAUAUUCGAUCGAUGUCGUGCACAAACUUGUCUCCGCUCAUUUCGAUGCGAAUCGUUGAUGACUAAUUGUUUCUCGACAAGAUUAUUUCAAAUCAAAGUGAAACAGUUGAUUCGACGAAUUGACUUACUGAAUAGUCGAGUCGAUCGACGAUACUAUCAUUCGAAAGAAGAAUGCUCGACGAUCGUCGACUCGUCGUCAACGUCCAUGAUGGCGGGAUGUGAAGUUCUUUUGAUCGCAGUGAAAAGUCGAAUCAGUAUCGUGGAUAUCAUUGCAAAAGUUCCUAUUCUACGUUUGUUGAUUGUUGAAUGUGAAGAGGACAAAGAUGAUGUCAGUCGUUUGUCAUCAUCGUCAUCACUUUGUUGGAAAGAUGACCUAAUUGGAUGGCUGAGAGAACAUCUUCCAUCGCGAUAUUUGAUUCGACGAGACCCGCGGUUUAUGUCACGUGUACAAAUCUGGAUCGACGGAAAAGUGAAGUUGAAACGAUUAAGUGCAUCAGAUCGAUCGAAAUCUUCGUCGAUCGAUGUGAACAAGUGGUCUCAGUUCGUGAGAUCAUCAUUUCGACACUUGUUUUUGGACGGAUGA